AAUACACGUAAAUAAUCGUAUUGAAACCCGCGAGGAAAAUAUUCCAUUGCUGCUAGCACGUAGCCAGCUAGCUAUUUGUUUUGAUUUCUCGGGCUUGUGUAUUUUCAAAUAAUAACUCAGUUAUUACUGUUCCGUUUGUACAAAUAACUAGCAACUUAACCGAAGGAAAGCAGCUGCAUCCGCACCGUGAAUCAUUGAUUUGUGAGCAACUAAUGUAUCUAAAGGCUAAUGUUAGCUACAGUAGAUAGCUAAUCAUUCCAUCGAGCUAGUCUGUUGUUAUUUGUCACAUCAAAUGUGCUUGCAACUGCGUUAGCUAGCAAAGUAGAUGAUUUUCAAUUUACCAGGCUAUCAAAUCGUGUGAAAACUAUCGAGUAGGUUGCUCGUGCGUCGAGAAGCUAUCGCGUUUGAUAACACGACUUUUGCGCAUAUAGCUAGAUCAAGGCCAACGACCUUGCUGUGAUGUAAACUUGCAGAACACCUUUGCUUGUUUUGAUUUACAUAUAGUCGUUUUAAUGGGGAAAAGGAAAGACAUGAUCCACCCAAGGUUUCUUUUAGGUGAUGGAGACCACCUGGGGUUACACAGCCUCCAUAGGAGGAAACACAAGAAGCAUAAGAAGCACAAGAAGAAGCAUCACCGUGACGACGGGCACAGCUCCUACUCAGAGGCCCUGGAGUCAUCUUCUGGCAUCCUGAUCAAGCCCCCCACGCAGCUCCGACUCAAGCCCCCAACGCAGCUCCGACUCAAGCCCCCAACGCAGCUCCGACUCAAGCCCCCAACGCAGCUCCGACUCAAGCCCCCCACACAGCUUCGACUCAAGAUCAAACUGGGAGGCCAAACGCUGGGGACCAAAAGUGUGCCAACAUUCAGUGUGGUCCCUGGUGUAGCCCGCUCCCCGUCUCCUCUGAUGAUCGUGGACGAUGAUGACGACUCGGAUGAUGAUGACGACGAGGAGCCUUCUGAGGGCGUCCCACUCGAGCAGUACCGGGCCUGGCUUGGUGAGUGCCAAGAUGAGGACAGUAACCUGGACCCUUCUCCUCUGCCAGACAUGGACUCUGACUCCCUGGGGGGACUGGGGGGGCCGGUGGACGAGGAGGAGAAGUGGCUGGACGCCCUGGAGAAAGGAGAGCUGGACGACAACGGAGAGCUGAAGAAGGAGGUCGAUGAGUCACUGCUCACAGCCAGACAGAAAGCCCUCCUGCAUAAGCAACAGAACCAGCCUCUCCUGGAGCUGCCCAUGGGCUACAAGGAGAAGGAGAUGACCGCUGAGAUGAUGCAGAAGAGGGAGGAGCGUGCCCGCAAGAGGCGCCUGCAGGCUGCCAAGAAGGCAGAGGAGAACAAGAACCAGACUAUUGAGAGGCUCACCAAGACCUCGAAGGCCAAGAUCAAGAGCAUGAGGGAACGCAAGUCCAAGCAGGCCCAGUGUCCCAUGGUCCGCUACUGCGACUCGGCCCAGGGAAUGGGGAUUUCCUUUCCCAAGGGGGUGCUAGCCCCCACCCCUGCUCCCCCGUGCCCCCCUCCACCGGCACCGGUAGGGUGCGGAGUAAACGGGUGCAGUAAUCUGAAGAGGUACUCGUGCUCCAAGACGGGGAUCCCGCUCUGUAGUCUGGAGUGCUACAAGAAGAAUCUGGUCUUUGUUGUGGAGAGCGCCACUUGAACUUGACCUCUUUGGAAGGUUUUGGCUUGCUGGCCAUACAGACUCUAGGGUUAAAUCAAAGGACAAGGUGGAUAUGUUUUAUUUAGCAGAUUAUAAAAAUGCUUUCUUUUUUUCUUGAUAUGUCCAGUAAUUGGUCAUUUCCUCUGCAUUUCUGGUGGCAAACUAAUGACAUAAUUAUGUGUACUUCAAAUCAAUGCAUCAGUCAGUCAGUCAAAUUUAGCCCUGAUAACACGCAUCAUAAUAAUGCAGGCUACAGCCACAUUAGCCAGUUUGUAUUUCAUUUCUAGAUCCUCGGUUUGUGGAAAUCCACGUGAUGUAGAUUGUAUAAGAAUUUAACAAGGUAACCUUGUUUUGUGAAAUGAAUCAGCUGAAGUAAAUCAGCUUUUUCCUAAAAUUACAGUGCUCUUUUGCCUGUUGAUCAUGAAGGACUUUCAUUUGUGUAAAUAUAUCGUUAAUGGUUUUGUAUUCAUUUAGGAAGCUGUAAAGCGCUGUAUAGCAUCAUGUUAACAUGUUACACACUGUUUGAUAAAUUGAGAAAAUUACCCCAGGAAACCAAAACAGGUUUUUAUUUUAA